AUGCCUUUUGGGCUGAAGAAUGCGCCGCAGAUCUACCAGCGCAUGAUCGACAAUGGCCUGUAUGGGUUCAUUCGGAUCCCGAAAAUGGCAGAUCCGGGCAAAUCAUCAGUGUUAGGACGCAGUUCCUAUAUCGACGACAUCUUAGUGCCAGCGGAUAAUUGGGACCAGCUAUGUGACCGAGUCGAAGAUCUCCUGGAGGCGUGCGACAAAUGGAACUUGUCGAUCAGCGUUGUCAAGAGUUUCUGGGGCAUGCCCAAGGUGGAAUAUCUCGGUCACAAGGUAUCGCACGAUGGACUGGAGGCGAAUCCGAAGGAUCUGUCAGCGUUGACGGAUCUCGAGUUUCCCGAAUACUUGCGUACCAUGCAAUCUAUUUUGGGCAGCCUGAACUAUUACAGUCGCUUCAUCGAGGGUUUGCGUGAUUUUCGCGUCUGUGAUUUGAGGGAGAUCGACUAUGCUGCGAUGGAGAAGGGCAUGAAUCGAAGCCGGAUCCAGCUAGCACUAGCGUCGGAAUCCCCGGAUCCAGACAUGUUGACUAAGGAUCCGACAAGUCCGCGACCCUCGGAUCCGGGACCGCGGGGUCCGGAUCCCGAACUCAGCGAGCAAAAUCCGAACCUAAUGGCACAGGAUCCGAUGCCUGAUUGCAGGAAGGUGUCGAACCCCGAUAAGGACAAUUUUGCGGAUCUGGAUCCCCUGUGGAUCCAUGCUCACUGA